UUCUCAACCAUGGUCAAGCAUCUUCCCCCAGCUGUCAAACAGCUCCUAACGCUUCGCAAUCCAAACUCGUUCGCUGGGCCGCCAGCUGGUAGGUUGUAUGGCGUUCUCAACAAGACUUUUACGGAUGCAAAGCAACGCCAAGCGGAGACGGGAUGGCUCGUUCUUAGCACCUGCACACUCCUGACGUCGAAUAUACCCAGCUCAAUGGGACAUUUGUACAAAUUCACGACGAGGACUGAUCCGGCGGACGCUGCUUCACGGACGAGCGUCGCCAGCGCGGUGCAGAAGGCUGCUCUCAUACGCGAAGCUGCUGUGAAGAGCUCUAUCUUUGUUGGCGUGCCUCGGACGAUUCUUUCCUUAGCGGGUCUCAUGGAAGCGCUUGAAGACGAUGUGAAAGGCCAACUCAGGAAUACAACUCAUCCGGACAGGGCUGCGAGCGCAGAGAAUAUCGACAAUGUCACGACACGCGGUAAGGAGCUGUGGAAGUCCAUCUACGAGCCCCAUGCGGUGAAGCUGCACGACAAACUCGGUUCCUAUCAUCCAGACUUCAUCUCAUUCAUCAUCCAAGCAUACGGCGCCGUGCUCGCCCCUCUCCCUGGUGGCGAAAGCGAGCAAGGAAAUCUUAGCCGUGCGCUUGGCUCGGUCGUCGGUACAGCCUGUCUUCGCGCAGAGGGCAGAGUCGGCCCCCAGCUCAUCAGCCACGUUUUCGGUCUUCUCAAAGCGCGGAACGCGCAGGGCCUGAACGAUGAAGAUAGAUGGUUGUCCUCGGACGAAGGGACGGAGUGGGUCAUCAGGACCGUUGACUCGAUCCUUGACGUCGUACAGCCAGCCGCAGAGGAAGGAGGAAAGGCAGGUGAAGGCGUGUUGUCCGCGAAGCUCUGAGGAAUCGCACACCCUGGCAAGGCUUCUCCGGACCUCGGUCUGAUAUAUGGAUUGACCACACCUACUGUUCACGGUCGGAUGACCAUAUAGAUGUGUGUACCGUUCGUCGAAUGUAUCCGUCCAUAACGUAUUGCUUUAGUUGCAGAUGCCACGACAGG